CACACGCAGACUCCCUCUCUCCCUCACUCUCCUCAUUGCCAUAACAACAGAUGCGCCGCAUCAGUCCGCUUGGGUCAGUACGGGAACCGCGGGGCGGAAUAAUCUCGCACUGGUGCUGUUAAUAAGCCGCAGAGGUCCUCGUUCAUCUAUUUACGUCUAACCGUUUCAGUGAAACGGGCUCGCGGGAGAUCCUCACCGGGGCUGUUCGAUAACGGCCCGAGCGGAGACGACAAGCGGAAGCGCGGCGUGGGAAAGCGGGGGGAAAUCUCCGGGGAUCUCCAGUCGGACCUCCGGCGCGCUCGCCAUCUACGGUCGUUCCCGUGUGUUUCCGCCAUGGCUCGUGAGAACGGAGAGGUCGGCGGGGAUUGCUCAUGGAAGAAGCAGGUCGACGACAUCAAGGAGAUCUUUGAAUUCAAGGAGGUGCUCGGGACGGGUGCGUUUUCAGAGGUGGUCUUGGCGGAGGAGAGGGCCACGGGAAAGAUGUAUGCUGUGAAGUGUAUUCCCAAAAAGGCCCUAAAGGGAAAGGAGAGCAGCAUCGAGAACGAAAUCGCUGUUUUGCGCAAAAUUAAGCAUGAGAACAUAGUCGCACUAGAAGACAUCUAUGAAAGCUCCAAUCAUCUCUACCUUAUAAUGCAGCUUGUAUCUGGAGGUGAGUUGUUUGACCGGAUUGUGGAGAAAGGUUUCUACACAGAGAAGGACGCCAGCACGCUUAUCAAACAAGUACUAGACGCUGUAAACUACCUCCACAGUAUGGGCAUUGUGCACAGAGAUCUAAAGCCCGAGAAUCUGCUGUAUUUCAACCCUCAAGACGGAUCAAAGAUCAUGAUCAGUGAUUUUGGCCUGUCUAAGAUGGAGGGGACAGGUGAUGUCAUGUCCACAGCCUGUGGAACACCGGGAUAUGUGGCUCCAGAAGUUCUCGCUCAGAAACCGUACAGUAAAGCUGUCGACUGCUGGUCUAUCGGAGUCAUUGCCUACAUUUUGUUGUGUGGUUACCCUCCAUUUUACGAUGAGAACGACUCCAAACUUUUUGAGCAGAUUCUGAAAGCUGACUAUGAGUUUGAUGCACCAUACUGGGAUGAUAUAUCAGAUUCAGCAAAAGAUUUUAUUAGUUGUUUAAUGGAAAAGGAUCCUGCUAAGCGAUACACAUGUGAAGAGGCCCUUCGGCAUCCCUGGAUCGCAGAGGACACUGCGCUCUGCAAGAACAUCCACGAGUCCGUCAGCCGACAAAUGCGCAAAAACUUUGCUAAAAGCAAAUGGAGGCAAGCCUUCAAUGCCACGGCCGUGGUUCGACACAUGAGAAGACUGCAGCUGGGCAGCAGCAUGGGUAGCAGCAUGGAUGCAAGCAAUGCCAAUCAGAACCGAAUACUGAACGCAAACCAGACUGUGAACGCACCACCGAACCAAACACCAACUACAUCAAAUACGACUGCAUCUCUCAACCAAAAUCACAAACCGGCUCAGAAUCCAAAUACAGUGAUUAUUAAUGACAUGGCGACAGGCGUAACGUCUAUACCACGCAAAGACUGUACAGCUCCACCCCACACUUCCUGUUCUCUGGCAUCAGCAGCCACUUCCACUGGCUCAGGGGCAGAGCCCUGCAGGCCACACCCUCCCUCAGUUGCGUCGGUUAGCACAGUGAUAACUGGGACCAAGUGACGCCAGGUUCUGCGGGGAGAGAGCUGGGAGGCCACUGCCCUGUAAGCCCCACCCCUCAGCCCGCUCCCCGCCCUGCCGUCAAAGAAAGGCAGAGGACUGAUCCAUCGCCAUAGCAACCACCGAGAGGCAAAAAAAAUGUGCGCCUAAUGCACCUCGCAGUUUGACCUGCCUUUCAACCUCCAGGCAACUAGAGGGCGCAAUGCAUGCAGGGGCAGGUGAAGGGGAUUUUCAACCGAAAGCUUCCAUUUCGAGAAGAGGACAGAGCUGUGACGUUUUUGCUGUGACUUUGCUAAGUACUUCGCCAGCCAUGUUACCUUUUGGAAAAACGAAUGACUGGAAAAACUGCAGAGGUUUAGGUGUGAAAGCGUGCAUGGCUGUGUCCGCCCGUAUAAGUAGGCGGAGCCAAUGUCAAACAGUUCUUCUAGCUCUUCCCUCUUUCCUUCUGCCCUCAUUCUCUAUCUCUAUUUGCUCACAAGUUUAUUGUAUUAUUAGCUAGCAUUUCUGAUCUAUUGGGGGCUUUUUAAGGAUUCGUCAUGCUGACCUGCAAAAGUGCUUUUAAAAUUACGUUAGACUGUUUCGCGAAAUUUUUGAGUCGAGACUUUAUCUGUUUGCACAUAGGCUGUACAGGAAGUGAAUUACUGUAUUACGAACAGACAGGAGAUUAUUGCUUUGAAACCUUCAGCUUCACGAAUUUCCAGAUAUCCGUUAAAACAUGCAAUGUUUAAUUGUUAUCUUAAGUUAGUGGACUUUUUUAAACGCAGGGACAGAAUGGAGCCGAAGCAGUCCGAUGAAGCUUGUUCCUGACGCUUUCCGCUUCAAAUGUGACUUUGAGCUCCACAUACAGACAUAGUUGAUGUUAGAUUACUGAAUAUAUUAUAGCUGUUAAUACUAAACACACAUACACACACACACACAUCUCACAAAAAGCCAUGGCAGCGUCUUUUAUCGCCCAGUGUACGAGUUCUCAGGGAAUUCCACAGUUUCACUGGGCUAUAUAAUGGUGGUAUAGUAAUGCCUACAAGAUUGUCCUAUACAGCCAGAUUUAGGUGAAGCUUGUGGUUUAGUUUGAUAAAGUUUGCCACUGCGUUCUUAUAAUGAUUGUAUGACCGGGUGGUAAAACGUUGUUGAUUUCACGUCAUUUUGGGAUUACUGUAAAGAGUUAUCGAAACAUUGCGGUUUGUUCAAUGACAUAGUAGAGAUUGGGGCGAGUGUAGUCCAGAACUGGAACUGGGGAUUGUUUGGAAUAUAGAAUAAAAGGAUUUCUAGUUACUUUUUAGUUAGCUUUUUUAGUUACUUUUGCUAAUGCUAGUGGUAGAGGAACUACUUUGUUUCUAAAGCUAGUAAUGUUACUACCCAUAUUCUUUGUUCUCCAAAAUUUUGAAAGUUAUCAAGUGUUUUUGCCAUCAUCGGCUUUGUUGCUCUGAAAUUCGGCAUUCAGAGCAUCGUCAUAAUUACAGUAAUUCAAAAACGACGUGGAUGCAGCAAAAGGAUUUUUAUUGACUGUAAACAUUUUUCCAGACUUGGCUGAUUUUUAAGCAUUGGUUUAAGGGCUAAGUUCAGAUUUAUUCCCUUCCUUAGUGAUGGCUAACUGGUCUUAUGUCAUGUCACACAAUGUUUUGAAAGUAAGUGACUGAUGUCUUCUUUGCCCUUUACGGUUUGUUAAUAUCACAGGAGGAAAACUUGUCUACGGACGCAGGGAUUUAAGAGUAUGUGACAUUUUCCAAAGUGCCAUCCUGAAUUUUUCUUCACUUUCUUGAAUGUUUGUUUCAGUGUUGAUUAAAAUAUGACUCCUCAAUAUGAGGAGGUCCAAACUACUAUGAACUUUCAGUCGGGUAAGACGUGCAUUUUGUCUUCAUUCGCACAUUUGUGAAGAAUGUUAUUUCAGAAAAGAACAAAAAGAUUAACACUUAACUUGAAGGGGUGUUCAUAAGACUGACAUGACAUGUUCAUAAUCAUGACAAGACACGUGCUAUGAACAUCAAGGAGAUUUUAUGCACGCAUAUGACAACUGUCAUUAAGUGUCAUUCACGCAAUUAUGUAAUUUUAAAUGCAAAGAUGACAUUGUUUGAGAUGUCUUUGUUAUGAGAUCAUAUCAUAAAUUGUCAUAAAUCUGACAUAAACAUGACAUUGCAGAUAAAUUAUCAAAAUUAAGAAACUACCUAGCUUUAUUGGUUAACAUUACAUUAAACUGUCAUGUGGUUGGUUUUGACAUUGGCUGUUAUGAGGCAUUAUAAUUGUGUCUGACCACUUUUUUUCCAGUGAUACAAAUUAAACUUGUCAUUAAGUGUUAAUACUCUGAUUCUUGAAACUUUGGCAAAAACAUGUCCAACUAAGAAAAGUGCUAAUUCUGUUGGAAAUUGAUAAAAUUGUCAUGAAGAAAAAGAAUCAAUGUUAUAAUCAGGGGGUCCUUUGCACAUACGUAAGGUUCUUUUAUAGGUUUAUUUUUAUUUUUUAUUAAUUUAAUGAUUAUAUGCUGGCCCAUUGCCUAUAAAAUCAGCUGUCCUCGGUUAAGAGAUAAUCAUUUCAACUUGAUUAAAAAAGCCAAAAGUAAUAAUUGAAUUGAAUAAUAUAUUUACCACAUGAAAGGUUAUACAUUGUAAUAUUUAUUAAAAACUACAAACAGUGUGUUUUGAACAAUAUUUAAUAUUAUUUUGUGAUUGCUCAAAAUGUGUCCCACAUAUUCGUCACCACCGUCAGAUAUUUAUAAAAAGCAAUAAAAUCAGACAACUACAGGGUCAACUGCAUUCCUGAGGACCCCAUUUUCAAACCUUCAGCUAUACUGCAUGCUUCAAGAUCACUCAAGCUCCUGUAUGUUUGCUAUUUUCUCUUAAACUUGUUCAUAUUUUUGAACACUGCUACUGUGACAACCAUAACAUGUCAACACCCUCAUCUUUGUAAAAAAAAAAAUAUUAGAUUAGAUUAUGAAAUAAAUGUAUCAUUUUUAAGAAGAGGUCUGAAGUAGCUAGCAACAGAGGGGAAACAAGAUGGGUAAUGUGAACAACUCAUCUUUUUUUUAAUCUAUAUUAGGUUUUUGUCACCACCGUCAGGUUUUCUGUCUUUUCUGUCAGGUUUUAUGUAUUUUAGGAAGGUAUGAUUUGAUAUUUGUUCAUCACAGUGCUUAGGAUUGUUAUUUUUUGGACCAAAUAUUUACAUAAAGUUUAAGCAAGAAGCCAUUGUCUUGAGUGGUAUACAUUUUGGAAUAAUGAGGCCAAUGUCACCACCGUCAGAUUAUUGUCACCACCGUCAGACGGAGUUUUAUUUGUUUUAAAUGAAUAUGCUUACAAUAUGUUUCUUCAGUGCUGUUGAG